AUGGAAGAACAGUUGGCCGCGUGGCUCAAUGGUAGGGCGUCAGAUUUCGGCUCUGAAGAUUGGUCGGCCUCUACAAUAGAAGUGCCAUGGGGCCACUCGACGGGCCGCUAUAUGGUCCUCAGGUUCUGGGACAAGCCGCUUCAACCUGGUACAUUCCCGACAGACUGGCACCGGCGUCUCGGGUUCUGGAAGCUAAUUGUCACACCCACUCUUGUUUACACUGGACGAUAUGUGAUAGCCAAGCUGCGCCAUGCAAGUACCAAGACCACCGAAGUCAAGCCCUUCUAUCCUUACCAAGAGGCGGGGUGGGCAGAAUUCUUGACGGAGCCGACCCGACCAUCAAAACGUCAGGGCGAUGUUCACGGGUCCCCUGUCAGAAAAUUGGUUGGCGUGACUAUCAAGGAUGGGUUCAACCCCAGCCCCCCUUCCGUUCCCAAGCUCCUGGUUCCCGGUCCGCCCCCCUUCUCUUCGUCAAGGCGCUACCCAAACUUCCGGGAGACGGGUUUCCCGCGUCAGAUUUCCGGCUGCUCGGCACCUUGA